AUGGCAAGGAAACCGAAGCAAGCUUCACCUAGUGACUUGGAUCACGUUCCUUCCGAUCACGAUCAUGAGAAUUUCGCCAAAGGUGACGAUGCUAAUCUUAAAGGAUCACCGAGAGGAGAUUCGCCUCCACGUUCUCCAUCUCCCGAGGUACAACUAAAUGACUCAAUUCCAACUCAUCCUCCUUCUCCAUUUCAUACUUCAGUACCUAUUUCCAUUGCACCACUUCCACCACCUACUACUUCUCAACCAACCUCUACUGCACCUCUCCCUCCACCAAUCUUCACUCAAACAACUUCCACAACAACCAACACACCCGAACCUACGGUUCAUGUCAACGUAUUUGAUACGGGGGAACCUACCUCAGAAACCGAAACCCCUGUUAUUUCCAAAACCAUUUCCUUAUCUCCUUUAACAGACUCUUUCCCUAUUCUUGGUGGAGACGAACUUGAAUUCGAGUCUUAUUACUAUAGCCCUUAUCGAGUUCAAAGUGAUGAUGAUGAUGAUGAUGAUGCUCCCCUUACAAAGUGA